AUGACAGGCACACCCCGCUGUGCUCAGCUCUUCCUGUUGACCUUGGCUUUGUCUUUUGCAGUGAUCUGCCUGAAUGGAGGAUCCUGGACAGGGGGGGUCUGCCGUUGCCCCAAUGGCUUCUCGGGGGAUCGCUGUCAGAAUCAUGUUCCAAUUGUCAACUGUCAGAACGGAGGGACGUGGGACGGCCUCAAAUGUCAGUGCACCAGCCUCUUCCAAGGACCACGGUGUGAGGAAGUGGUGGAGAGCUUUGAGACAGAGUCGAUAGUCACUGCCACCGUGGAAGUGACUGUCAGAGUGACCAGCCAAAACUUCAGCGAAAAGCUAAAUGACCAGGAAUCCAAGGAAUUCAAGGACUUCAAUAAGACAUUCUCAGAACAGAUGGCAAUUAUUUAUGAAAAAAUUCCUGAGUAUGGCGGGGUUGUCAUCAAAGAGCUGAGGAGUGGCAGUAUCAUUGUGGAUUAUGAUGUCAUCCUGAAGACCCAGUACACCCCAGACUACGAAGACGUGUUACAGGAAAUCAAAAGUAAUGUGCAGGAAAAAAUCAUAAAUGCAACCGAGGUUCAAGUAAGCGCUAAUAAUAACUGUACAGGGUAUUUACUGUGUUUCGACGCAAGAGACACUGAAGUGCAAGACAUUUCAGGCAUCAUCACUCCUGAAGAGGAAUGCCGGCGGCAGGCUGGGGAAGAAUAUAAGCAGUAUGUCCUCGCAGAACAAAAGGGCGAAAAGUGGCUCUGUUACACGGCCUGCUCAGCAGGGUACAACGCCUCCUUGGACUGCCACUAUGGCAAGUGCCAGCUGCAGCGGAGUGGCCCCCGGUGUCUCUGCCUGACCACCGACACACACUGGUACAGCGGAGAGACUUGCGACUGGGGCAUCCAGAAAAGCCUGGUCUACGGGCUCGUGGGAGCCGGGGUGGCGGUGCUGCUGGUGGUCCUCAUUAUCCUGGCCGUGUUCUCCUUCCACUACAGAGGAAAGGCACAAAGGGAACAUUCCAGAGUGACUCAGAUGCAAAAGUGGAACGAAGAGGAAGGCAGAACUCCUGGCGCCUUUCACAACAUCGGUUUUGACCACAACGAAGAACGAGAAGACUACAUCAACUUGGGUUCUGUGUACAGCAACUUUGAUGCCUUACGCAAUAUAAACCCUGAAGAAAAGAUCCAGAUCCAGAGGCCCCAGGUAGUCAUGACAUCACUGUAAACAUGCACAGAAGCGGUUUUGCAUGGAUCCAUGGAGCUGAGGACUGAGGAGAGCCCCACUGAGUCAAGCAUGUUGGAACACGCCCUCCACUGAGAAUUCCCCACGGGGACUUGUUGGGAAAUAGACCCUGUAGUUAGAAAGAAUGAACACCAGGGAGACCACAGUGCUGGAAGCUCCAGCAGUGUGGAAACUACAGCGGAACUACAGCCGGCAUGUCAUGACAGCAGGCGGAGCCUCCCAGAACGCCCAAGUCCAAUUCAGCACCAAGGACAGUGCCCUGCGUGCCCUUUGCUGCGAUGAUUGCUUAGACACUGGGCUGGAUUUUACCAUUUUCAAACACUCUUCUGAGAAAGAUAGCAUUCCAUUUCCACGGACAGUACUGUUUUAAAUAUAGACCAUCUGUCUUUACAAGGUCAUGCUUAGCUUUAAGUUUCUUUCUGAGAUCGGGGAUAAUUAAGGCUUCUUUCUAUUUUGGUGAAUUCUAAUUUUUCCUAUGUAAAUAAAAUUAUAUAAUUUUUUAAGA